AGAGCAUAACACACCUCUCUCUGAGUCUCUGACGUCUCUCAUUCUCAAGACUCCAUGGCUGAAGUUAGCAGCGGCCAAGGUGCGCCUGGGAUUAAGCUGUUUGGGACAACCAUUACAUUACAGCAAGUAGUAGUGAAAGAUGAUCAUCAUCGUGAGCAAAAGAAAGCAGACGACGUUCAUGACCAAACGGUGGAGAUGAAAAGGCCGGAGAAGAUCAUACCAUGCCCAAGGUGCAAGAGCAUGGAGACCAAGUUUUGUUACUUCAAUAACUACAAUGUAAACCAGCCUCGACACUUCUGCAAGGGCUGCCAGAGGUACUGGACGGCCGGCGGGGCCCUACGUAACGUGCCGGUGGGAGCCGGCCGUCGGAAAAGCAAGCCUCCGUGCCGGGAGUUGGUCGGUUUUCCGGAGCCUUGUAUGUAUGAGGCUUCAGAGGUGGUGCACCAGUUUGAGCUGGAAGGGGUUGUGGAAAAGUGGCACGUGGCUGCGGUACAGGGCGAUUUCCGACAUGUUUUCCCGGUGGUGAAGCGGCGGAGGAGUGGCUCAGGUGGUCAAACGUGUAGCUGA